AUGGCAACACCUAUAAGGAAGUCCCACACAAACACCUCCGAUCUCCUCACAUGGUCGGAGGUCCCGCCGGCCGACAAUUCAGCAGCUGGGAAUGCCUCACGGUCAGCCACUCGUCCUAAUCAGCCAUCGGAUGGAGUCGGUAAGGUGCUGUUUGGAGGUCAGAUCUCUGAUGCAGAAGCUGAGAGCCUUAAUCGAAGGAAACCUUGUUCAGGCUAUAAGCUAAAGGAGAUUACUGGCAGCAAAAUAUUUGCAGCUGAUGAUGAAAAUGGGGAAUCGGAAUCUGGAACUUCUGAUAAUCGAACAUCCGUGCGCAUUGUGCAGCAAGCUGCGAAUGGUAUAAGCCAGAUUUCUUUUAGUACUGAAGAAAGAAUUUCUCCUAAGAAGCCAAUCACUGUUCCAGAGGUUGCAAAACAGCGAGAAUUAAGCGGAACGAUAGAAAGUGAGUCGGAGAGCAAGAUUAAGAAGGCGCUGUCGGAUGCUAAAUGCAAAGAACUCACUGGGAAUGAUAUCUUUGGCCCUCCACCCGGAAUUCGUCCUCGAUCAUUGGCAGCUCGCACUUUGGAAUCAAAAGAAAUCAAAGAUAUGGGUGAACCCGCCCCACGAACUGUACGAACAUCUGUCAAAGUUUCUAAUCCUGCUGGAGGUCAAAGUAAUAUCUUAUUUGGUGAUGAACCCGUAGUCAAGACUUCGAAGAAAAUUCAUGACCAGAAGUUUGCAGAGCUGACUGGCAAUGACAUUUUCAAGGGAGAGGUUCCUCCAGGUUCAGCUGAGAAGUCAUUGAGUACGGCUAAGCUGAAAGAAAUGAGUGGCAAUAAUAUAUUUGCAGAUGGAAAAGUCGAAUCCAAAGACUACUUUGGUGGUGUCCGCAAACCCCCGGGUGGUGACAGCAGCAUUUCCUUGGUUUAG